UGCCUUUCUUCAAUGUGCUGUACUACAGAAACACUGGUCUUGUUGGUCAGUUUCCUUGUUUUUCCUUUUCCAUUUUGAGAAGCCUGAUGCCUUUACUGAGAACAGUGCUGGAAAAGAAUGAAAGCUCGUGCUCCUCCUCCACCAAAUCAACCUGCAGCAAGUAGAAUUCACAGUGAGCGCAAGUCUCCUGCAGAGACAGCUGUAAUUUCUGAUCAGAACCUCGUGAGCAUGAAGGAGAACAUGAUAAACAGAUUGGUGGACUUCACAGUCAUUUUACCCAGCGGGGUGGAGCAGAAGAACACAGUACAAGGAAGUAAAGCUGUGAUGGAUGUAUUGGUUGAUUUAUGCAGCCAGUAUCACUUAAAUCCAUCCCAACACAGUCUUGAACUGAAGUCUUCGGGAACUCAACAAGUUCUGAGUUACAAGCCAAACACUUUGAUAGGAGCACUGGACGUAGAGACAGUACUUCUGAAAGAGAAGGUUCCCGAAGAGAAGGCAAAGCGACCUCUGCCAAGAGUCCCUGAGAAAUCUGUGAGGCUGGUAGUGAACUACCUGAAGACACAGAAGGCUGUGGUUCGAGUUAGUCCAGAGGUGCCUCUCCACAACAUCAUCCCAGCUAUUUGUGAGAAGUGUGAAGUCAGUCAAGAGCAUAUUGUUCUUCUGAGAGAUGGCAUAACUGGGGAGGAACUGGAGCUUACCAAGUCCUUGGAGGAGCUGGGGAUAAAGGAGCUGUAUGCCUGGGACAGGAAAAAAGUUCCUCCAUCAAAAACUCAGUCUGAACCUUCUCUGAACUAUAGAGAACCAAAUCGAAAGGCUUCAGUAAGCAAUGAUGCAAUAGAAAAAGAAAAGACACGACUUCUGGGAUUGUUUAACACUGAUAGAAGAAGUAGCAAGACAGAAGAAUACUUGAGGAUGAACAGAGAUGUUCAGGAGGAGGAUGUUUUUAGUUCUGCAUCUACAAGUGAAGGAAGCUUGGAUGGUUUUUCCACAGCACCAAAUUCCCCUUCGGUGAAUUCUCGUUCCAGUAGCCUGGGUCCAUCACUGUCCCUUGGUAACAUCUCGGGAAUGACAGCAAACCCAGAAGUGAAAAAGCGCAGAGCACCUCCUCCACCAGUUGUGACACCAGUGUUGCCGAACGUGGAGGUGAGAGGUCAAGAAAAGACAGUGGCACAGAUAUCACAAGGAGCAUCCCUGAAUGAUUUAAGGAAAAAGAAGAGGCGUGCCCCUCUUCCACCAACUGCAUCUGCUCCACCCACUCCUGCCAUGCCAAACAGGACAGAAGAUAGGGAAGACAAGAAAAAGAGCACAAUGGAGAGCCUGCUGUCUGCACAUGAUAAUGUUUAUGUAGUGGAUGACACAGUUCUGGAGCUAUCAGAGGUGGAAGAAACGGCAUCAGAAAGCAGCUGUUUUGCAUCUGAGGACACCACAGAGGACUCGGGUGUUGUGAGCUCCCCAUCUGACAUUGUGUCUUUGGAUUCACAAAAUGACAGUAUGAAGCUGAGAGACAUCAAGCUGGUCAAUGGUUACAUGGACUCAGCUGAGGCAGAUGCGAUGUGUGGCACAGAGACAUGUCCCGUGAAGAACACCUCCUGCGAUAGCGUGGGAUCUGAUAGUGCUCCACAGAGCAGACAAGAUGAAGCAAUGGCUUUGGCUAAGCAUGACAAUGAAGAUACAUUCAUUGAAGCACAACUCCAGCAGACUUUGGCUGACCUGGAUGAAGAUUUAGAAGCGGUGGAUGGUAUGAGUAACUCUGACUCUGACUACAUCAAUGAAGCAUUGAACCCACAUAUAAGAAAAGUUGAGGCUGCCCAAGAUGUUUCCAUUUCUGUUCCAGUAACAGUCAUAGACGAUGCUCCAGAAGUUAGCACCUCUAACUCAGAUGAAAAUCAAGAGAUGGAGAUGAGGGUUCCACAAAAUAUCUCAAUCGACUGUGUUAAUACAGGAAACUUGACAAAUAAAAACAACAAUGCAAGUUCCUUUGAUAAGGGACACACAGAUGGUGGAGCUAUAUGCGUAUCAAAAGACCUAAUACAUCAGCAACCAUCUGAAAAUGAAUUCAGUCAUUUGCCUGUGGAACAGCGGAGAGAUAUGUUUGAAUCUCUCACAUCCUCCUUUGAAAAAAGAAGUGAAAAGAACUUAAGACUGGAACCCCUUCCCAAACAUGGUGUGAAGUCUGAGGAAUGUAAAUCUAAGCUGAGUCCAUCUCACUCCAAGACCACAGCUGAAAUCAAUACAGCAAAAGACAAGCUAAAUCCAUAUAAUGAAUAUAGUAGCAGGGAAAGAUCUCUGAAAAAAAGUAAAUCAGAAUUAGAAAUCAAAUGGCCACCAGCAAAAAAAGUGGAAGUAGAAGAAGUCCCAUCAGCACCUACAUGGUGUCAUCGUGCCCAGAAUUCAGGAUCAAACUAUGAACCUAAAAUGGGUUUGACAACCUUUAAAGUUGUCCCUCCCAGACCUGAAGUAAGACAUUUCGAUAGAGGAGUUUCACUCUCCACUGGUGCCAUUAAGAUAGAUGAACUAGGCAACCUUAUAAGCCCAAACACUGGUGUUAGUAAACACAUACCAGGUUCUUCUUCUGAUGAAAGUGAGGAAAUUCAUAUUGGGAAAGUGAAGGCAUUCUGGAGGUCAAGUUCUAUGGAAAAGCAAAGUGAUGACUCUGCUGAGCAUUUUUCUAAAAAGUCAGCAGUCACCACGAGCUCUAAGCCCUUUACUGUAAAACAUGAACACAAACCUGUCUGUCUUGCAGCUCCAAAACUUGUAGCACCACAAACUGUUACUACCCAGGUAGCCGAAAGACAGUCUGAGAAUGAAAGGACCAAACUACCUCUUCCAGUUACACAGUCUCAGGUAACACCAUUAGCAGCCCCAACCAUUAAUAAGGACAAGCUGGAACUUCCAUUUGUAAAGCCACAUAGGAGAACAUCCAGUCAGUAUGUUGCCUCUGCCAUUGCAAGACACAUCAAUGCAACUACCUUUAAGUCUGACUCUGUGGAAUAUCAUGAGAAAGAUGAAAACAAGCAAGGGGCAGGAGAGGUUAAGACUGAAGCAGAAGUUUCACCAAAAAGAUGUAUUAUUGUGGCCAAAUAUAGCCCUGUGGAAACAGAGUCAGCAGAAACAAGAGAAACACUUUCAAGUGUUUUUACUUGCAGUCAGAAAGCAUCCCACAGGUUUACACCUGGUGAUAAUUCUGGCUUGGAAAAUAAAGUAGUUAAUAUCAGGGCACCAAAUCAAGCAACUCCUCUGAGUUUCUAUAAAAAGAAUGGUGGUGUCCCACUUACUAAAUCCUCCUCAAAGGAUAACAAUGGUGCAGAAGAGGAUCGUGGUUUAAACAGCAAACAAAGUAUAGCAGAGAAAAAGACACGUCUCAUGUUUGACCAGAAAUGUGAGACUUUGACCCUUACUAAUUCAGCCUCAUCUCUUAAGUCUCCUGACCUCCAAGGAGUCCCAUCCUCUUUCAGCUCAUCUUUGCGAGUCGCUAAAUGGCCUCCUGCUAAUGGUGUUCAAGUUAAUUCGUCUAAAGCGUCACCUGAGUUAAACGGUGCACCAGCAAAUGCAGAGUCAGAACAGGAGGAGAAACCUGAUGAUUCAGAUAUUAAUGCUGUCAGUGAAGUGGAUAUUAAUGUGCAGACCAAUAUCUUUGGACCAAAGAAGAAGUUCAAACCUGUCAUCCAGAAACCAGUUCCAAAAGACACAUCACUGCACAGUGCCCUAAUGGAAGCAAUUCAAACAGGAGGGGGAAAGGAGAAACUCAGAAAGGUUUCAAACAGUGCACUAAAUGGCAAUCACGGGAAACCCUCAUAUGCUGAGCCAGAGAAUGCGCGCUCAGCCCUACUAGCAGCAAUUAGAGGCCACAGUGGCACCUCAAAGCUGAAAAAGAUCUCCUCUUCGGCCUCUGAAGAGCUGCAGCGUUUUAGGGACGCAGAACUAUCCUUGCAGAAGGCAGAAGACCUUCAGGAAGAGCAGCUUUGUAUCCCACCUGCCCCUGCCCAGCCGCCGCCACCACCUCCCAUUCAGCCGUCAGCAGCAGCUCCUAAAUCCUCUGCCACAGUUACAGGUAACCCAUUGGAGGCAAGGCAAGCUCUAAUGGAGGCCAUUCGCUCUGGUGCUGCAGCAGCAAAGUUAAGAAAGGUCCCUCUGCUUGUUUAAAUCAUAUGAAAAGAACAGAUAAUUGGAAAAUCUAGCCCCGUAUGCAUCCAUAAUCAUCAUUCAAGCUCUGAAGUGGCAAAAAACAUCAAGAAGUUUAUUAUAUUCUCGUCUACAAGCCAAAAUAAGCUGUAGUUAAUUUUCUGUGUGUUCCUGCAUAAUGGUUCUAAGGGGGAAAUAUGUUGCUCUGCUGUAAAGCUUCUGUGCCAAGGAAUUGUGUUUUGCCUCUGAAUAUUUAAAGUUGCCAAUAAACCAUUCUUGUUGGCAGGUUAAUAAGAAUAUAAACACUGUGCAGUCCUGUGUUAAUACUUAAUUGUAUUUAUGGGCAAAAUUAAAAACUUUACUAGCUAUCUGAAAAGUAAUAUUCAUUUUAAGUUGUUAAAAAUAUUUCAAACUAUUUCAAACUAUUUACUUGCUUCUUAUUUGAUUUCAAAAAGGACUGUAAAUGGUUGGAGUGAAAAUCAGAAUAAAGGUCUAUAAAAAACAAUCACAAGAAAAAAGUUAUGGUACCUAAGUUGUCAUAUGCUGGAGUCACUGGUUUUUAAAAUUAAAUUAACUUUGUAUCUCUGGUGGAGCUCUGAGAAAGCAGGCAAUUAAUAAUGAAUGUGAGACAGUGUCUAUUGCAAAGUUACUUAUGGGAUAUGACGUAUAGAAUGCUAAUAUGCAGAGAUAUGCUGAACCCUAGUAACGUUCGUGGCACUUCAGAAAUAUUGAGCCACCUUAAAGGAUCUCUAUUUGCAACAGACUGUGAAGGUUUUAAAUAAGAUUCAGAGUCCUGCUUAGAGGUCCAAGAUGUAGAAUUCAUUCCUGCGCUGCAAAACGAAGUGAAGCUGGUUUAUAUCAGUAACCAGGACUUUUGUGGACUCUUGUUCAGGUCGUGCAUAAGUUGGCCCUUUAUUUCUAAUUUGUAUUGCUGUUGUAUGUUGUCUCACAAGUAUUUAUAGCAGCAUCUUUUUCAAAUGUUAACUACUUUGGUAGUUGUUGUACAUAUUUUGAAAAUAUUUCGUUGAAUUGAUUAACUUAAAAAGGACGAAUGAAAACGCUUUUUCACAUUUCCUAUAUUGUAAUGACACUGAAGAAGAGGAAGUUUGUACAUUUACAUUUUUAUAAUCAUAGACUAGAGUGCUGGCAGAUUCUUUUUUUUUUUUGAGCUGGAAUUUAAAAUGUAUAGUUAUGGACUGUUGAAAGCACAAGAAUAUUUAGCCAUCUGCAGUUAAUGUGACUAUAUAUUAUAUAUUAUUAUAUAUUGUAAAAUAUUGAUAUCUGUUAGUGCCACGAAUAAAAACAAAAUCAAAACCUGA